AACGCUGCCACAGCGAAGAUGAGGCUUGUGAUGACAUUUGUGCUCGCAGCGCGGUAGGAGAAGUUACCACUCCGCAGGGAAACUGUAGCUACCACCGCAGAACUGGAGUAAACUGCUCAUGUCGUCUUUGGCGAGCGCGGAGCGACGUGCGUUCGCUCUGAAAAUCAACAGACACUCAUCUGCUGAGAUCAGGAGACACUUCGGUGGGAACUAUGGGUCCCCCCAGGUCUCCAAGCAACAUAGUCGUCACAGCUCCAACGCAUCAGUCUCCACUUGCUCCACCGUGCCCCAGUCAUAUGACGCGGUGGAGCCCUUGGACCUGGAAGAGUUUCUGAUGUCACAGCUACGGAGUGGAGACUCCGCACUCAUGCAGGAGCUUGGAGAUUUCCCCGACGACGACCUGGAAGUAGAACUGUUGGAGAAGGAGUGUCGGACCGUACACCACUCUGUACCGGAGGAGGGGGUGGAGUUGGAUUCCCAUGUCAGGGACUGUGUUCAGAGUUACACCCAACCCUGGCUGAUGGUCAGCAGGAGGUGCCAGGGAGAUAGUUGGAGUGCAUAUUCGGAGCGGGCAUGUCUACACAAAACUCUGCAGAAACAGACAUUUGAGUCUGACGUGCAGCCAGAGAAACCAGAGACACCGGUGAAGUCCCCGUCCCUGGCGGUACUGAGUGAUGACUCCAGCAGGACCCUGACCUCCUCUGACUUUGACCUCCGCUCUGGUCUGACCCCUGACCCCAGAGUGGAGGGGCUGCUGCACUUCAGUAACCAUGACGACCUGGACAGGUUCAACCAGGAAGCCCGGCAGGGGAACCGCCACCCUGAGCUGUUUGCCCUGUACCCACCCGCCGACGAGGAUGAUGCAGUGGAGAUCCGGCCCAUUCCUGACUGUCCCAAAGAGCACAUGGGCGACCGGAUCAUCAUCCGGUGUCAAGCCAUCAAGUUUGAGAUUGAUAUUGAACCACUAUUUGCUACCCUGGCUCUGUACGACCUGAGAGAGAAGAAAAAGAUAUCCGAGAACUUCUACUGUGAUCUGAACUCAGACCAGUUUAAAGGGUUCCUGAAACCCCACACGCCACAGACGGACCACUCCACCCUCUCCCGAGCAGCCAUCUUCUCCAUCACAUACCCCUCCCCAGACAUCUACCUGGUCAUCAAGAUAGAGAAGGUGCUGCAGCAGGGAGAGAUCAGUGACUGUGCGGAACCAUACAUGGUCAUGAAGGAGACGGACUCAGCAAAGAACAAGGAGAAGCUGGAGAAGCUGCGUAAUCAGUCUGAGAUGUUCUGCCAGAGACUUGGUCGCUACCGCAUGCCCUUUGCCUGGGCUACAGUCAACAUCAUGAACGUCAUCAGCACCGCCACACUGGACCGAGACACCACCGACACUGACAGCCUCAACGGUAAAUCCAGCAGUCUGGAAAAGAGAGGUCAGUUGCCCAGGAGGAACUCAGAGAGGUUCGGUACCAUGGAAGACCAGUGUAACAUGUCUGCCUUCAAACCUGCUACCAUCACCAUAAGCACCUUCUGCAAGCAGGAGGGGGACCGUCUGAGUGAUGAGGACUUGUUUAAGUUCCUGGCAGACAUCAAGAAGUUCUCAUCCCUGCAGAGAAGAAUUAAAACCAUACCAGGUACAGUAAGACUGGAUGUGACUCCGGUCCAUGACAACCCAGUGGCCUGUCUGUCUACUGAGCUGAUCCCAGUCAAACCACUGGCUGAGAAGAACGUCCGACCUGUCAAAGAGGUGUUGGAGUUCCCCUCCAGCGAGGUCUAUGUUCCACACAGCACUUACAGGAACCUGCUCUAUGUAUACCCCCAGCGACUCAACUUUGUCAACAGGCUGACUUCAGGAGGAAGGAAUAUCACUAUUAAAAUCCAGUUUAUGAGUGGAGAAGACCCCAGCUGUGUGAUGCCUGUCAUUUUUGGAAAAUCGAAUGGUCCUGAGUUUGUGCAGGAAGUAUACACCCCAGUCACGUACCAUAACAAGUCUCCAGACUUCUAUGAGGAGGUGAAGAUGGUUCUGCCUGCCAGGCUGACUGAGAGACACCACCUGCUGUUCACAUUCUACCACAUCAGCUGUCAACAGAAACAGAACCAGACUGGAGCCAGUGAGACACUCAUAGGUUACUCUUGGCUGCCUAUACUGAGUACUGACAGACUACAGACUGGUCAGUACUGCCUCCCUAUCGCCCUGGACAGAUUGCCUGUCAACUACUCACUGCACUCACCUGAGAGGAUUACCCCUCAGGUUCCUCCAGUCAAGUGGAUGGAAAGUCACAAAGGAGUUUUCAACCUGGAGAUACAGGCUGUGUCCUCAGUACACACACAGGACAACCACUUGGAGCGUUUCUUCACAUUGUGCCAUGCCCUGGAGGGCGGUGUGACGUUCCCUCUCCGGGUUCGGGAAGAGAAGAUUCCAGAGAACAAGCUGGAGCAUGAGCUGAAGCUGAGCAUCAUCUCCCUGUCGUCCUCCAGACUAGAACCUCUGGUCCUCUACCUCCAUCUGGUCUUAGAUAAACUGUUCACCCUCAUCAUGCAGCCCAUGGUCAUCGCUGGACAAACAGCCAACCUGGCCCAGAUAGCGUUUGAGUCAGUGGUGUCAAUCGUCAACAGUCUCCACAACAGCCAGGAGUUGGCCAGGGACCAGCAGGGCAGGAACGGUCUCCUAGCAACAUACCUGUACUGGGUGUUCCGUCUGCCUGACUCCAAUGAGCUCCUUAACACAGGUCCAGGGGGUGUGGUACCUCCCACUGAGGGCCGCUACAGUACUAUGGGGCGGGCCUCGGCCACCACAGUAGGAACCAUGUUACUGCAGUCCCGGCUCCGCAGCAGCAGCAACCCUGAUAUCCCUGCAGAAGACACAGAGGUGAAAAACAUCCUGUCAGCUAAGGGCCAGAACAACCCAGGCAGUCGUAUGUCGACCUAUGUGGAUGUGAGCAGCCACCCUCAGAGCUCUACGGGCGGGACCCGGCCCUCCAACAGAAAACAGUUCCAUGAAGAGUUGGCUCUACAGAUUGUGGUCAGCACAGGAGUCUGCAGAGAGAACGCAUAUAAAUAUGCCUGGUUCUUCUUUGAGCUGUUGGUGAAGAGCAUGGCCCAGCAUGUGUCUCAGCUGGAGAAGCAAGACGUCCCUCGCAGGAGCCGCUUCUCAGACCGCUUCAAAGAUGAUGUCACAACCAUCGUCUCUGUGGUUACUGCUGAGAUAGGGACCAUCCUGGUCAAACAGCAGAAGGAGUUGGAGCAGGCAGAGAAGGUGAACAUCAGCCUGGCCUUCUUCCUGUAUGACCUGCUGUCUCUAAUGGACCGAGGCUUUGUCUUCAUCUUGGUCAAAAACUACUGCAACCAGAUGUCGACAAAGACCGUUUCCAUGCCAACCCUGAUUAGCAUGCGAUUGGAGUUCCUGCGUAUCCUGUGCAGUCACGAGCACUACCUCAACCUCAGCCUUUACUUCAGUAGCCCUGCCUCUGCACCCGUCUCUCCAUGCCCAUCCAUCUCCUCACAGAGCUCCAGUUCCUGUAGUUUCCAGGAGCAGAGGAUCCUGGGGCUGUUUGAGCUGUCCCAGGAGUUUAAACAGCAGCACUACCUCGCUGGUCUACUGCUCACUGAGCUCAGCGCUGCACUGGACAUGGAGUCAGAGGGGGGUAAGGUCCAGAAGAAGGCCAUCAACGCCACCUACAGUCUACUGUGUGCCCAUGACCUGGACCAGCGCUGUACCCGUCCUGAUGUCCGGGCCAAGGUGGCCACUCUCUACCUCCCCCUGGUGGGCAUCAUCAUUGACUCCAUCAACUACCUGGACUUCACAGUGUCCGAGGCUCGCGGAGGGAAGAGUAAGACUGGAGGGGCAGACGAAGACCCCGACAGCAUCCCGCCCAUUAACCAGUCUAUUGCUAUGGCAAUCGCCGGCAAUCCCUUCAACACCUUGGCGAGGAAUGCCCUGGCUUCCAUGGCGUCUGUGCAGUCUGCUAAGGCAGUGGCCACCCUGUCAGCAGAGACCAGUCGUAACCUGCUGCUGUGUUUCCUGUGGGUGAUGAAGAACGCUGAGAGGAGUCUGAUCCAGCGCUGGACUGUAGACAUGCCCUCAGCACAGCUCAACAGACUGCUAGAACUACUCACCAUCUGUGUUUCCUGCUUUGAGUACAGGGGGAAGCGGAGUAGUGAUAAGGUGAGCACGCAGGCCUUACAGAAGUCCCAGCAGGCCAAGAUGCAGCUGGAGGACUCCCUACUGAGGGGCAUCGGAGCCCGGGGGGAAAUGAUGCGACGGGCUGGAGGAAGUGACCGUGCAGGUCAGAGAGUGAACCUGCGCUGGAGAAAAGACCUGACACAGUGGAGGCAGACCAAUGACAAACACGACAAAACCAAAGCAGAGCUGGACCAGGAGGCUCUGAUCAGUGGGAAUCUGGCUACCGAGUCCAACCUCAUAGUCCUGGACCUACUGGAGACCAUAGUACAGGCUGUUCCAUUGGCUGACUGUAAGGAAAGUGUUGUGGGUGGUGUGUUGAGGGUGUUGCUACACUGUCUCACCUGCAACCAGAGUACAACCUUCCUGUCUCACUGCUUCAGCACACUGCGAGCACUCGUCGUCAAGUUUGGUGACCUGUUAUUUGAAGAGGAAGCCGAACAGUGUGCAGACCUGUGUCAGAAGGUGCUCCAGCACUGUAGCAGUCCUGUGGAUGGAAAUAGAAGCCAGGCCUGCGCUACCCUAUACCUCAUCAUGAGAUACAGCUUCAGCUCAGCCAAUAACUUCUCCCGGGUGAAGAUGCAGGUGACUAUGUCUCUAGCCUCUCUGGUGGGGAAGUCCUCGGACUUCCAUGAGGAGUACCUCCGCAGGUCCCUACGCACCAUACUGGCCUAUGCAGAGGAGGACACAGAGAUGCAGAACACACCGCUGCCCUCACAGGUGGAUGAGCUGCUGAGGAACUUAAACAGUAUCCUGUCAGACACGGUGAAGAUGAGAGAGUUCCAGGAAGACCCAGAGAUGCUCAUGGACCUCAUGUACAGGAUAGCGAAGGGUUACCAGACGUCUCCUGACCUGAGGUUGACCUGGCUGCAGAACAUGGCGGAAAAACACAAGAACAGGAAGUGUUUUACCGAGUCGGCCAUGUGUCUGGUCCAUGCUGCAGCCCUGGUGGCUGAAUACCUCAGCAUGCUGGAGGACCACAAAUACCUACCUGUGGGCAGUGUCACCUUUCAGAACAUCUCUCCCAAUGUGCUGGAGGAGUCCGCGGUAUCAGAUGACAUACUGUCCCCAGAUGAGGACGGUGUCUGUUCAGGACAAUACUUCACCACCAGUGGUCUGGUGGGCCUACUGAAGCAGGCUGCGGAACUCUUCAGCAACGGUGGUCUGUAUGAGACAGUGAAUGAAGUGUAUAAGAUCAUAAUGCCUGUUCUGGAGGCUCACAGAGAUUUCCGGGAGCUGGUCUCUACUCACGAGAAACUCCAGAGAGCCUUCGACAACAUCAUUCAGAAGGGCCAUAAGAGGAUGUUUGGGACGUAUUUCCGGGUGGGUUUUUAUGGGGCCAAGUUUGGAGACCUGGACGAACAGGAGUUUGUUUACAAGGAGCCAGGGAUCACCCACCUGCCAGAGAUAUCCCACAGACUGGAGAACUUCUACAGUCAGUGUUUUGGCGAUGCCCUGGAGAUGAUCAAAGACUCCAAAGACAUAGACAGAAGCAAACUGGAUGCUAACAAGGCCUACAUACAGAUCACCUACGUGGAGCCCUUCUUUGAUGACUAUGAGAUGAAAGACCGCCUGACCAACUUUGAGAAGAACUUCAACUUGCGUCGCUUCAUGUACACCACGCCCUUCACAAAGGCCGGGCGGCCGCGUGGUGAGCUCAACGAGCAGUACAAGAGAAAGACCAUCCUCACCACCAUGCACACCUUCCCCUACAUCAAGACACGCAUCAACGUCAUCCAGAAAGAAGAGUUUGACCUGACUCCCAUUGAGGUGGCCAUCGAGGACAUGCAGAAGAAGACCAGGGAGUUAGCAGUAGCCACACACAGGGAGCGUCCCGAUGCUAAGAUGCUCCAGAUGCUUCUACAGGGCUCUGUGGGAGCCACCGUCAACCAGGGACCGUUGGAGGUGGCCCAGGUCUUUCUGAAUGAGAUCCCAGCAGACCCCAAGCUCUUCCGCCACCACAACAAACUGCGCCUGUGUUUCAAAGAGUUCAUCAUGAGGUGUGGUGAGGCUGUGGAGAAGAACAAGCACCUGAUCACGUUAGACCAGAAGGAGUACCAACAGGAGUUGAAGAAGAACUACAACCGUCUGAGAGAGAACCUGCGGCCCAUGCUGGAGAGGAAGAUACCCGAGCUCUACAAACCCAUUAAACCACGCCUGGGGAACAGGGAUUCCGUCAAACGGCUCAGUUUCCGCAGAGCACUGGAGGAAAACUCCUGAGACGGCCAGACAGACUUCUCUAUCUGAGGGAAUGCUCCAGAGGCCAGAGAAAAAAAGGAUGCUGUAAAAGUAGAAAAGGCGGCAAAGGGAAGAGGGAGAGCAGAAGGGAGCUAGCAGUCCUCAUUCACCAUGGAAGAGCAGUACUGUACACAUGAUUACACGGAGGACGGAGGACAAUAAUAUCUGAAUCAAUAACACAACAUUGCUAGUUCUCUUGAGUUCUAUGAUUACUGCUAGUCCUAACGAUGCUGCAAACUACUGUGGGUUUGAGAAAGACGAGUACAAGUUCCACAUUUAAGGGAUACUUCAGGAUGUUGGCAAUGAAGCCCUUUAUCUACUUCCCCAGAGUCAAAUGAACUUGUGGACACCAUUUUUAUGCCUCUGUGUGCAGCUUGAAGGAAGUUGCUAACUAGCGUUAGUUCAACUGCCAACUAGCGUUAGCGCAAUGACUGGAUGUUUUUGGUAACUGUUGGCAUGCUAGUAGAUGGGUCAAAGACGUAUAAGGUUUUCAAAAAACAAAACAGCAAUUACAAUUCCCUAAAAGGCUUUUUUAAAUGUUAGUUGGAGUGUCACCUAUGCUCAUAUUAGUUAUAUUCAAGAAUAAAGCCAAUAAUUCAUUUUUAUUGUGAUUUCAAAUAAAUGUACCUUACUGUUUUUUAUUUGAUACAUUUUUUUUGCCCAUUUUUCAUAAUCACAAGGUUAAAUAUCCAUGCUUAGACUGGCAGAAAUAGAACUACCCCGAAAAAAAAACAAACAUUUUAUUUUGAAUACCACAUAUGUGAUGUGCCACGGCUACAACUCAAAAUAUGUUGCAGGUUUUUUACAAAAACCUCCUGCCUUACACUGAAAAAAAUGCAAAAAUCUAUGAAAACAUCUUUCAUUCAUGCUUUGAGAUUUGUUUGUCUCUGAGUCAACAAAAAAAAGUUAUUGUAUUUUAAUAUAAAAUACUGGUGUUAUACUCUAUGAAAAAUAUUUUGUUACCCUGAAUGACACAGAAUAGGAUUCGCAUCCAUUAAAUGUUAUUAUUAGUCUAUUAAUAGUAGGCUAUACUAUGAUAAAACUGAAUCAAAAUGUAAAAGUUAAAUCAACUCCCUCUCCCUUUCUCUCUCAAACAUGGUUUGUUACUAUUUCGUUGCUAAUGUUAAUAAUAAUAAUUUUACUAUAAUUUGAGAAUGUGGCAACACUUUACGUUGCAUUAAGUUGCAUUAUUGCAUGAUAGUUAAUGUUGUAAUUAUGCAUUGUUACACUCUAACUGGUAAAUGUAUAUUCAAUGCAGGUACACAAAUGCAAUUUCAAGAUGCCUACACAAAAUAGCUACAUAAAAUGCUCAUCAACCUACUUCAAUUCAAACUUGUAGAGUCUAGAUAUUUCGUAAAGUGUCCCAUACGCGAAGCAGCUAUUAAUGAUUAUAAUUCAUAAUCCAUUUGGAAUCCAUAAUUAUGUGUGCGUGUGCAUAAUAUUAUAUUAACCAAUAUAAUCCAUCAGUUAUACCUUAACUGCAGUGCAAUAAAACAUAACUACAGUGUAAUAAUGUAACUUAAUGUUAAGCGUUAUCCACCCAGCUUUAUAUCCUAUUAUAUCCUAUUUUGUUGCUGACAGUAGCAUGAAAACAAUACCUUUUGUAUUUGCAUUUAUUAUGGUUCCCCAUUAGCUGCUGAGAAACAGCAGCUACUCUUCCUGGUGUCCAACAAAAUUAAGGCAGAUUAUACCAUUUUAAAAACAUUACAAUACAUUCACAGAUUUCACAACACACUGUGUGCCCUCAGGCCCCUACUCCACAACUACCACAUACCUACAGUAGUAAAUCCAUGUGUAUGUAUAGUGCGUAUGUUAUCGUAUGCAUGUGUCUGUGCCAAUAUUUGUUGUUUCACAGUCUCCGCUGUUCCACAAGGUGUUUUUCUAUCUAAUUUUACUGCUUGCGUCAGUUACUUGAUGCAGAAUAGAGUUCCAUGUAGUCAUGGCUCUAUGUAGUACUGUGUGCCUCCCAUAGUCUGUUAUGGACUUGGGGACUGUGAAGAGAUCUCUUGUGCGGUAUGCAUGGGUGCAAGCUGUGUGCCAGUAGUUUAGACAGACAGCUCGGUGCAUUCAACAUGUCAAUACCUCUCCUAAAUAAAAGUAGUGAUGAAGUCAAUCUCUCCUCCACUUUGAGCCAUGAGAGAUUGACAUGCAUAUGAUUAAUAUUAGCUCUCUGUGUACAUCCAAGAGCCAGCUGUGCUGCCCUGUUCUUUUCAUUACAUUUUUUUGUGGCACCUGACCACACGACUGAACAGUAGUCAAGGCGUGACAAAACUAGGUCCUGUCGGACCUGCCUUGUUGAUAGUGUUGUUAAGAAGGCAGAGCAGUGCUUUAUUAUAUACAGACUUCUCCCCAUCUAGCUACUACUGCAUCAAUAUGUUUUGACCAUGACAGUUUACAAUCUAGUGUUACUCCAAGCACUUUUGUCAUCUCAACUUGCUCAAUUUCCAAAUGAUUUAUUACAAGAUUUAAUUGAGGUUUAGGGUUUAGUGAGUUUUGUUCCAGAUACAAUGCUAUAAAUAUUUAGGGCUAACUUAUUCCUUGCCAACCACUCUGAAACUAACUGCAGCUCUUUGAGUGUUGCAGUCAUUUCAGUCACUGUAGUAGCUGAUGUGUAUAGUGUUGAGUCAUCCGCAUACAUAGACACUCUGGCUUUACUCAGGGUCAGUGGUAUGUCAUUACUAAAAAUGGAAAAAAGCAAGGGGCCUAAACAGCUACUCUGUGGAAUUCCUCAUUCUACCUGGAUUAUGUUGGAGAGGCUUCCAUUAAAGAAUACCCUCUGUGUUCUGUUGGACAAGUAACUCUUUAUCCACAUUAUAGCAGUGGGUGUAAAGCCAUAACACGUACAUUUUUCCAGCAGCAGACUAUCAAUAAUGUCAAAAGCUGCACUGAAGUCCAACAAGACACAUUCAUUUUAUCAUCAAUUUCUCUCAGCCAAUCAUCAGUCAUUUGUGUAAGUGCUGUGCUUGUUGAGUGUCCUUCCCUGUUGGCAUACUGAAAUUCUGUUGUCAAUUUCUUUACUUUUUGACAUUGAUGAAGCGCAGAAUUCCGGACAAAAGUUAUUCAAGUUAAAUAUUUUUUAGAUACAGUAUGUCGCCCAUCAUUCUAUAUAUUGUUGCAAACACUAACACAAUUAUGCCAUGGGUGUUCAUUUACAUUUUUAUGAUGAAUUUCUACAUUUUAAAAACACUUUUGUCAUUCGAAUUUUAACCUGGACAGUUACACUGAAGGAUAUUUUGUAAUUUUAGAGCUCAUUAACUCCCUUAAUUUAAUAGUUUGCAACACAACUAUUUCUGGGUCAAAAGAAGGGUAAGAGUUGUGUUAUUUAAUAUUAUAUAUGUAUUUUUAUGUUAAAUUAAUGGCCUUUGGACACAAAAUGUACAUGUCUCGUCAUUGACCCAGAUACCAGUAAUUGCGGUAACGCUAGUUAGAAUUGGCUCGCAAAACUACCUCCAGCUUCCUUCAUACUGGAUGCAAAGACAUAAAAAUGGUGGUAUCCAUGAGUUCAUCUGACUGAGGAAGUAGAUAAAGGGCUUCAUUGUCAAAAUCCCAAAGUAUCCCUUUAAGGUCCUUGCAGGUCCAGGGAAGUGUGUGUGUGUGUGUGUGUGUGUGUGUGUGUGUGUGUGUGUGUGUGUGUGUGUGUGUGUGUGUGUGUGUGUGUGUGUGUGUGUGUGUGUGUGUGUGUGUGUGUGUGUGUGUGUGUGUGUGUGUGUGUGUGUGUGUGUGUGUGUGUGUUCAGUUAUUCUUGUGGGGACCAGAAAUCCCUGCAAGAAUAGUAAACAAAAAUUUGACCAACUGGGGACCUUUUAUUAGUCCCCACAAGGUCAAAUUUCUAGGGGGUUUAGGGUUAAGGUUAUAAUUAGUGUUAGAACUAUGUUAAGGGUUAGGAGCUAGGGUUAGGGGUUAAGGUUAGGUUUUGUGGUUAAGGUGAUGGCAAGAGUACGUAUUAGGUUUAGGGGUUAGGGAAAAUAUGAUUUUGAAUGGGAUAGAAUUGUGUGUCCCCACAUGGUUAGCUGUGCAAGACUCUGUGUUUACUUUUUGUCAUUGUCCUGAUAAAUCACUCUGUUCUGACUCGUGACUGAUGAUAAAUCACUGUUCUCCAAUUUAUGAUCAAUAACUGAUGAUAAUUUACUCUGUUCUCUGCAAAGGGGAAUCUGUACUUGCACUCGUAUGUGUACAACCCUACAGACUCUCACACUGUAAACAUGUAUUUCCUCAGUUAACUCGUGAUGCUAUAUUUGUUAUAUAUGUUUGUUAGACGUAAUUGGCUGUGUAGAUACUCAUGGAGAUUAAUUUAUUAUGAGUUCACAAAUUAGUCAUGGUACAUACAGUGCCUUCAGAAUGUAGUCAUACCCUUUAACUUAUUCCACAUUUUGUUGUUGCAGCCUGAAUUCAAAAUUGAUUCAAUAUUUUUUUUCCCUCACCCAUCUACACACAAUAUCCUAUAAUGACAAAGUGAAAACAUGUUUUCAGACAUUUUUGCAAAUUUAUAUGGAUAUUAAAUACAGAAUUUUACAGAACACUUCCCUGGGCCUUCAAUGACCUUAAAGGGAUACUUUGGGAUUUUGGCAAUGAAGCCCUUUAUCUACUUACAUAGGUAUUCACACCCCUGAGUCAAUACUUUGCAGAAGCACCUUUGGCAGUGAUUACAGCUGUGUCUUUCUGGGUCUCUACAAGCUUUACACACCUGGAUGGUGCAACAUUUUCCCAUUAUUCCUUUCAAAAUUCUUCAAGCUCUGUCAAAUUAGUUGUUGAUCAUUGGUAGACAACCAUUUUCAAGACAAGUAGAUUUAAGUCACUGGAACUCUGCGACUUAGGAACAUGCACUGUCUUCUUGGUAAGCAACUCCAGUGUAGAUUAGGCCUUGUGUUUUAGGUUAUUGUCCUGCUGAAAGGUGAAUUCAUCCUCCAGUGUCUGGUGGAAAGCAGACUGAACCAGGUUUUCUAGGAUUUCGCCUGAAAACUCCUCAGUCCUUAACGAUUACAAGCAUACCCAUAACUUGAUACAGCCACCACUAUACUUGAAAAAAUGGAGAUUGGUACUCCGUAAUGUGUUGUAUUGGAUUUGCCCCAAACAUAACACUUUGUUUUGGAAUAUUUUUAUUCUUAGGCUUCAUUCUUUUUACUCUGUCAAUUAGGUUAGUAUUGUGGAGUAACUAAAAUGUUGUUGAUCCAUCCUCAGUUGUUUCCUGUCACAGCCAUUAAACUCUGUAACUGUUUUAAAAUGACCAUUGGCCUCAUGAUGAAAUCUCUGAGCGGUUUUCUUUUCUCUCCGGCAACUGAGUUAGGAAGAACACCUGUAUCUUUGUAGUGACUGGGUGUAUUCAUACACCAUUGAUAGUGUAAUUAAUAACUUCACCAUGCUCAAAGGGAUAUUCUAUCUUUAUUUUUUCAUUUUAUUUACCCAUCUACCAAUAGCUACCCUUGUUUGCAAAGCAUUGUAAAAUCUCCCUGGUCUUAUGGUUGAAUCUGUGUUUGAAAUUCACUGUUUGACUGAGCAACCUUUACAGAUAAUUGAAUGUGUGGGGUACAGCAAUGAGGUAGUCAUUAAAAAAUCCUGUUAAACCCUGUUAGUCCAUGCAACUUAUUAUGAAUUCAUAUAGGCUUGCCAUAACAAAGCGGUUGAAUACUUGAGACAUUUCAGCUUUUCAUUUGAAUUCAUUUGUAAAAAUGUCCCAAAACAUAAUUCCAUUUUGACAUUAUGGUGUAUUGUGUGUGUGUGGAGGGGGGCAGUGAUUUUUUUUCUUCUGUUCUCUAAAUAAUCCUUUUUACUUUCGGGCUAUAACAAAAACAAAUUGGAAAAAGUCAAGGGUGAGCAUACUUUCUGAAGGCACUGUAUAACUUAACUAAGGCCACCAACCAAACCCAAGUGGCAUAUCUGGAUUUGCACAGAGAGAAAUAAUAGAUGAAUGUUUACAGUUAUGAUAUAUUUUGUAAUUUUCCUAAUGAAAAUAUAUAUUUGAGAUAAUAUACAGUAUCAGUUUAGUUGCCAAUAACAAUAUUGAAACAAUUGUGGUUACUAUGACUGAAUGUGACAAAGUCAAGGCACAUAUCAAUACAGUUAAAAUACUUAUGAAAAAAAAACGAUGUAUUAGGAUGCCAACGUACAAUAUAUUUACUGUAUGAACACGAUAGGUUUUCAAGUAUGCCCAGGCUCUUAGUCUUGUCUGUUUGUUGACGUCAUGUUGUAGAACCUCAUGCAUUCCAAUAAAGAAAUCCUUUGUAAUACUACUAGGAAAACUCAA